UGCAUGUUUCUAUUACUCGACAGUUGCCUCCGAAUGUGUGGGGAACCAUGCAAGAACGGAACGAUUUGUGUAUGUACGUAUAUAUCUAACACGCAUAUCCGUGCAACACAUACACAUAGAAACGAGCAAAUUUUUCUCCUCGGAAAUCUAGUCGACGUUAACGUCGGGCUCAAAGCUUUUGUGAAAUGUCAAGCACCAUACAUUAUGAUGGGUUGAAUGUGUUUGGGAAAACUGUCAGAUUAAUCGCAAAGGAUAGAGCACUGUUCGAAAGCAGAAGCAAACCAGUGAGAGGAAUAGCACGGACGGGAAAAAGUGGGAGUGAAAGUGGAAAAAUUCACUUUUUCGAAAUUAUAAGGGGAACAAAGGUACGUUCCUAGUGAUACGUGAGACUGCUAAUGUUUCGCGGAAACGAUGGAGCCUGAGGAACCUCUGUUACAAGGUAUCCUGCUGUUACCACCGCAGGGAAUGUUAGGACAGCUCAAGAAAUCUUGGCAUAAAAGAUUUUGUCAGCUGUUUAGGACUAGUAACUAUGGAAUCAAACGUGUUGAAAUAUAUGAUAAUCAAGAAGAAGCUAUAAUGCAAUCACAUGCUCCUCGUAUCAUCACAUUAGAUGCAUGCAUCAAAAUUGCACCUAGUAAUCAGUCACAUGUAUUUACUGUUGUGACUAAGUCAGGCAUUCAUUAUUUUGGAUGUUAUUCUGAAUCUGAUAUGACUCAUUGGAUUACUGCAUUUCAGUUAGUAGCAUUUAAAGAUAGUGUAUCUAAUCAGACAAUAGAAGAAAAUAAUGAUCUAUAUUGUACCAGUGGAGAAGGAGUAUUUUCUGUUAAAGUUGUAGAAACAGAUGCAUCUAAACGAUGUGGUUUAGAAACUAGAAACUAUACACUUAUAGUAGCUGCAGUUGAUAUUAAAUUAAUGGAUGGAGAUGUAGUUCUAUUCACUUGGCCAUAUCGAUAUAUUAGGAGAUAUGGUUACAAGGAUGGAAAAUUCAUUUUUGAAGCAGGAAGAAAAUGUGAAUCUGGAGAAGGUUCUUUCCGCUUGGAACAUAGUAGUCAACAAGAAAUUUUUCGUUGUAUGUAUUCCAAAAUGAGAUCAAUGAAAAAAUUAAUGAAUGAGGAAAAUAAUCCAAACAUUGAAUGCAAUGAUGCUCAAUAUCAUGCAGCUUUAUCAAUGGAAGCUGGAUCAAGAGCAGCAUUACCUCCUUCUCCAAAUAGUUCUGCUAAUUUAAUUGAUAUUGAUUUUUCACCUCAAAAUUCUCAAAAACAAUCGAGUUCUUCAUCUAAUUUAGAUACUAGUUUAUCUUCGAAGCCUUCUUUGCCUAUUGUUAAACCAAAACCUGCGAAACCUCCGCGAAAAUAUGUUUUUACAGGUAUAUUAGAUAAGAGAAAUAUAGAUCUUGAAUCAUCAGAUUUACCUACGUGCGGAGAAUACAAAGCAUUAAAUCGAGAUAAUUCACCGGAGAUGUCUCAAAAAACAAUAGGAAGUUCCAUAUUAGAUGAUGAAGAGAGACAUCCUUAUGAUUUAGUAGAAGUAAGAAAUGAUGCAUGGAAAACACAUGGUAUUGAUAAUAUACAUCAUACAGAAAGAUCAAAUUCGUCACAUAGUGACAAAGACAAAGAGAAUGAAGAUGAUUUCCAAUAUGAAACAAUGAUGCCUAUGAUUACAUCCCAAAGCUCAUCAAAAAGUAAAUCUAGUAUUACAGAGAAUUCAGUAACGAAUAAUCCAAUGUCGCCGAUCAAUCAUAUUCCUAGUAAUGAAUCUGAUUAUGAUAAAUUAGAACAUUUUGGUUCUGCAAAUUCUAAAAUUAAUCAAAAAAGUUCAUAUAAAUUUGGAAAUUUUAAUAAUGCAUCUCAAAAUUCAUAUUCUAAUGCUUCUUUAAAUAAUACUGUAACUGAUACAAAUGCUAUAUGGUCUAAUUAUGAUAUUGUCGAAGAUAUGUCUGCUGUUAGAUUGGCAGAUGAUAGUCACCUUGGAUAUGGUGUCAUUAGAAAAAAAACAAAUCAUUCUGAGUCUGCAUCUACUAGCAGUAAUAUGGGUCCAAAGCAUAAAGUGUUUAAUAAUAGUGAAUAUGCAAUUGUAUCAAAACCAAAAAGGGUAUAAAAAAUUUAAAGUAACUUCAUUUGAUAGUGAU